AUGGUAGAUGUGUCCUUGGCAAGGGGCGAAGCCACUGUGGCGGCGACUGGCGGCGGGGGCUACGUUGCCACCGAGUUGAUCCACCAGCUGCUGGCCAAGGGUUUCAACGUGAGGGCCACGGUGCGCAGCAAGGCCGAUGCGGCCAAGGAGGCCCACCUGACGUGCCUGGCCACGGCAUUGCCAGGCAGUGUGGAGGUGGCGGAGGCAGAUCUACUGGUGGAGGGCGCCUUUGACGCGGCCUUUGCGGGCUGCCGCUACAUCGCUGGCAGGGGGGCGAGGCCCAAUUACGAGGUGCCCACGUUGCUUGAGAAUGCCGACAGCCGGGCCGCGCCCGACCUUCUGCGCCUGCUGAAGCGGUACCGCCUGCGCCAGAAGGUUGACAUUGAUGAUGUGUCGCAGCAGUACCGCGUGUGGGCGCUGUACGGCGGCGAGGCGCCGGCGCUGCAAGCAGCUCGCUCCUCGCUCCCCCCGGGCUGGGACCCAGACCCACGCAGCGGUAUAGAUUGUCAUGACGGGUAA